AGGUCGAAACCGGGCAGUUGUUGAUGCCAAAUUAGAGAAGAUGGAGCAGAAGAAGCGAAAAGAAGAAAGGAGGAUGGGUUUGGAGAGACUGCCCAGCAGCUUAUUGAUAGAGGAAGUUCUGCUCAAGUUGGAAAUAGAGGCUCUGUGCUCAGUUUCAUGCGUUAACAAAGCCAUGAGCUUCUCAGUCUCUCAGGCCCUGCCUUUACUCUCGUCUAUCAAUCUCUCUGCAUUUUCUCCUGAUGCUCAGAUUCUGAAUAGUAUUGUUGGUGGCUGCAGGGGCCUCCACAGCCUCACCCUAAAUUGUCUCCACCUUGACAAUUUGUCACUCGGAGUUAUUCUGGGCACACAUCUUCAAGAACUGAAUUUGUUAAGCUGCUCCCUGCUGUCCUAUCAAGUCUUCACUUCCAUCGGGGAGGCCUGCCCCAAUCUCAGGGUGCUUGUGUUAGAAUUGGUAGACCAGUGCUCAACUGAAGCAUUUAAGACCAACCUGGACCAAAUGCUUAAUGGAUGCUUGUGCUUGGAGUCUUUUUCUCUUAAGAUUCGAGGGAGAGAUGUAGGAGCAAAUGCUUUUCAGUCCAUUGAUUUCUUCCUGCCUAGUGCUCUCAAAAGUAUGAAGUUGCAGUCAGUGCUUGAGCAAGAUGUAAUUCGUCUCAUGGAUAAGAUUAGAGUUGGUGCUGAUAGGAACAGUGUGCAAACAGCUCAUGUCAGCAUCCCCGUCUCUCCAUUAUCAUCUGUAUUCACAUUGCAGCGCUUGUCCCUUGUCUUAGAUGCUAUAUCCGAUGAGCUAAUCAUGGCCAUUUCCGGAAAUCUCCCCGCUUUGGUAGAGCUAGAUCUUGAAGACAGACCAGUUAAGCAACCAUUACCAAAUCAUGACUUAACCAACACCGGGCUUCAAUAUUUGGCCUCUUUCCAUCAUUUGAUGGGAUUGUCUCUUAUACGAAGUAGACAUAACCAGCAAGUCUCAUUCAAAAGGGUAAACGAUAUGGGCAUGUUUCUUCUAUCUGAGGUCUGUAAAUGUCUAGAGUCAGUGAGACUCUGUGGGUUUUCCAAAGUCAGUGAUGCAGGUUAUGCAUCGAUCUUACACUCGUGUCUGAAGUUGAAGAAGUUUGAAGCUCGGAAUGCCUUUUUUUUGUCAGACUUGGCCUUUCUUGAUGUUACUGAGUUCCAAUGUUCCCUUGUUGAGGUGAAGUUGCUGUCCUGCAGUCUUAUAACUAGUGAAACCGUGAAGCAGCUGACCCGUUCUAGGGUCCUGGAGGUGCUUGACCUGUGUGGGUGUAGGAGCAUAGCAGAUUCCUGCCUUGGUUCCAUUUCAUCCCUUCGUAGCUUAAGUAUGCUGAAUCUCGCAGGAGCUGAUAUUACAGAUUAUGGCUUAUCGGUUCUUGCCCAGGGGAUUCCAUCCAUAACACAUUUGUGUCUCAGACACUGUGAGAGGGUGACUGAUGAGGGAAUUUCUUUUUUGUUCCAUGGUGGAGGCACAAUUCACAAAACAUUGUCAGCCCUGGAUUUAGGACACAUGCCUAGAAUAUCAGAUGAAGCCAUUUUUACAAUUGCCAUGGCUGGUACUGAGAUUACUGAGUUGUGUCUCCGGCAUUGCUCUGUGACUGAUGUUUCUCUAGAUUGUUUGGCUAUGAGGAAAACGUUUCGGGACGAAUGUAAACUACUUCGGAGGCUUGACCUUCUGAAAUGCAUUGGUUUGUCUGUUAAUUCACUGAGGUUUCUUAAGAGGCCUUCCUUCCCUGGACUACACUGGCUUGGUAUUGGGGGCACACCUCUUGCUAGCAAAGGAUAUCCAACUCUUAGCAAAAUUCAUAACCAGAGGCCAUGGCUGACAAUAUGUUUGGAGGGCUGUGAAAUGGGAUGUUAUGAUGGAUGGCAAUUCCAUAGAGCUGGAUAUCCUCAAUGAAACCCCCCCCUUAUACGAAGAGUUGUUUCUCUAUCUUAUUUGAUGAACCCAUUUUAUUGUAAGAAUUCAUCCAUAUAUAUGAAGCUGUAACACCA